GCGCUUCUAAUACGAAAGAUGCCGCUAAUCCACUUUAUUCAAUACCGAAGAUGCAGUAGGUUCCCUUGCCUCAGCAGUAGCCCCGAAUCGUGCCGAGGAUCGUGUCAGGGGACACAUGAGGACUACUUAACAAGAUUUACAAAGAUUCGGCGAUUCAACCUCCUCUACGACGUUCGCAGCAUCUACACCCGGAUCCGGAGAACGCAUCCCAUAGUAACCCAGGAUGCUCCGGAAAUGAGCGGAUCUCCCGCCGGCAUGGGACCGAAGCAUUACAAAUCACCACCACAUCUCCACCAUCCGCCUUCACUGAAUCAUCAGCCGCAACACGGACCGCCCGUCGUGCCCGUUCCCAAGUCCGAGUUAGACGAUAACAGGCGUUGUGAUGAAGACGGAACCUACGCCUAGACUGCGACGGCCGC